AGUUUAUCGUAAUGGCGAGAACCAAGCAGACCGCCCGUAAGUCCACCGGUGGUAAAGCCCCGAGGAAGCAGCUGGCUACCAAGGCUGCACGGAAGAGCGCUCCGGCCACCGGCGGCGUCAAGAAGCCUCACCGUUACAGGCCCGGUACCGUGGCUCUCCGCGAGAUCCGCCGCUACCAGAAGUCCACAGAGCUGCUGAUCCGCAAGUUGCCCUUCCAGCGCCUGGUGCGGGAGAUCGCUCAGGACUUCAAGACCGAUCUCCGCUUCCAGAGCUCUGCCGUCAUGGCCCUGCAGGAGGCCAGCGAGGCUUACUUGGUGGGUCUCUUCGAGGACACCAACCUGUGCGCCAUCCACGCCAAGAGAGUCACCAUCAUGCCUAAAGACAUCCAGCUGGCCCGCCGUAUCCGCGGAGAGCGCGCUUAGAUUCAGCGGAGCGACUACAACUUCCUCAAACACCCAAAAGGCUCUUUUAAGAGCCACCAAACUGUUUCAGUCCUAAAGAGCGAUUUUUCUAGGAAACUCCGAGCUCUUAAACGCGGUGAUGUAAUUUAUUUCUCAUUUCCUGAGCAGUUUAAUCUGCCUGUAGUUACUGUGUUGU